UAGAUUUGUGUGUCUGUGUUGGGUUUGUGUGUGAUUUAUUUAGGUGUUCAUUGCUUCUGUGUGUUUGUAUAUGUGUGUUUGUAUAUGUGUCUUAUAUAUGCAUUGCCAUUUUGUCAUAUGUGUAUGCCAGUUUUUCACCUGUCUACCUCAUCCAGGGCUGUGGAGAUGGAGGUUGCCCCCUCCUCAGGGAGAAGCUGGGUUGCCUGCGUCAAGAGAACGACUCCCUGGGGAACAGACAGCUCAUUAGGGACCUGGAGGUGGCCCAGAUUGAACUGGGCAGCUCCAAGACCAAGUGAGGCAGCUGGAGACAGCGCUGGCCUGUAGAGAUGUAGGCCAAGGAUCAGUACCAGAGACAGCGCUGGCCUGUAGAGAUGGAGGCCAAGGAUCGAGGAGCCUCGAGGUGUGUGUGUUUUGCGGUGCUACAUUCAGCUGUCGUCUGAGAUAAAUACGUGUCGUGGGGAGCUGUCAUCCAUGGAGCAGGAGCUGCAGAGGUUGCGGAGAGACACCAGUAUGAAUUCCUCCCAGCUCAGCUACGUGGAGGAGACCCUGCAGAAGACCCAGGGCCUACUGGAGGAGAAGAACGACACGGUUGUGGACUUGGAGGAGAAGCUCCACUGCUGUGAGGAGGACAGGCGGACCUCUGUGCAGCAUGUGAAGGAUCUGGAGGGACAGCUACAGGAGGUGCGCGAUGAGAUGCACGACACCCUAGAGAAACUACAGGAGCUGAGAGACCUGUUACAGGCCACGCAGCUUGGCGCAGAUGAAAGACAGAUUUCAUUGGAGAAACUGUCCGCCGAGCUCAGGCCGCUGGUGGCUGGUCCCCUACAAGAAGGUGAGGUGCCUGAGGUCCCUCUAGACAUCGAGGGGUCCCCGGCGUACACAGUACGUACCAUUCUGGACUCGAGAUGCCGGGUGAGGGGCCUACAGUACCUCGUGGACUGGGAGGGGUACGGUCCGGAGGAGAGGUGCUGGGUACCGGUGGGGGACAUUUUGGAGCGUUCACUCCUGAGAGACUUCCACCGCCUCCACCCGGAUCGUCCGGCACCUCGCCCUCCGGGCCGCCCUCGAGGCGGGGGUACUGUCAUGACUCCCGCCGAAGUUGGCUCCCCCGCCUGUUCGGGUGGUGCUCGGCAGUCGUCGUCACCGGCCUACUCGCCGCCACUGACCCCUUUUUUCUGUUAGUUUUAUCUUAUUAGUUGCACCUGUUCCGAUUUGUGUUUUCUUCAUUUGCUUCCCUAUUUAAGCGUGUGAAACCCGCCCUUUAUUGUGCGGGAUAUUUUUGUGUUCAUGUUUGUGUCGUAGGUGUUGUUGUGCUCCGGACCGUGUUACCCUGUGUUUUGGGUUGGUCAGUGUUUUGGGCCCUGUGUUUUGGGUGGGUCAGUGUUUUGGGCCCUGUGUUUUUGGGCAUUACCAUUUUUGUGCCGGAAUAAAGUGCAUUUUCCCCCUGGAACUCUCUGCACCUGAUUCCUACCUACACACCUAGUAAGCCGUGACACUUAGCCAGACAUCUGCUGGUACAGCCAAGCUCACCUAGAACCCACUCAGGAUAUGCUCAGCAACUUUACUAUAUGUAUGAUGUACUCAAAAUUUGGAAUAUAACAUGUUAUUGAUGGAACAUUGGAACAUUUUCUGUGGUGUCAGUAUUUCAUUGAAUUUCAUUUUAAAUAAAAUGUAGCAUUCAUUUAGUCAUUCCUCUGUGACUGGUUGUUUUCAAAAAGCUGCAGUUCAGUCCAUUAUGCUACAGGGUCACAAAUGUCUUAGUUCAUCUGAAAACAUGAUCUUCCACUUAUCUCAUGAAGUGUUGUUAGAGGAAAUUAUGGUUGAAAUGACUAAUUAUGUAUACAUUCCAAUCAGAACUGACUAGUCCAAAUGCUAUAAUGUACUGUACAUAUAUUAAUUUUCUCUCUUGCUCCCAUUCCCAAUUGUAUAUAAUGUAGUCAGGAGUUUAGUAACAAUGAAGGUCUGUUCCUUAGUUCAUUCAUUUGUACAAUCUCCAGGUGGCAGGGACGGACUAUCUGCAGACUGUCUAGAAUGCUGAUUUAUACUGACUGACAUUGACUUCAAGGGUGGAGCGAAGGCUCGAGAGCUAUAGGUCCUCUCUACUGGUGAAAGAGAGAGAACGUUUAGAAAACGCUGACGUCAUUUUCAGUUUAUAACCUGUGGAAAUAUGUGUAUGUGGCAGUACUCUCUUGAAAUAAACGCUGUUACCUG